GAUGCCAACAUGACUAUCGGAAAGAUCAUCUUCUACGAGGACAGAAACUUUCAGGGCCGCUACCAUGAGUGCAGCAGUGACUGUGCAGACCUGCACCCCUAUUUCACCCAAUGCAACUCCAUCAGGGUAGAAAGUGGGUGCUUCAUGGUGUAUGAGCACCCAAAUUAUAUGGGACAGCAGUACUUCCUGCGAAAGGGCGAGUAUUCUGACUGCCAGCGUAUGAUUGGCUUCAGUAACUGUAUCAGAUCAUGCCGGAUGAUCCCCAUGUAUACUGGUAACUACAGAAUGAGGCUAUAUGACCGGGCUGAUAUGGGAGGUCAGAUGAUAGAACUCACGGAAGACUGCCCUAACAUCACGGACCGCUUCCACACAUCUGACAUUCACUCCUGUCACGUGAUGGACGGUCACUGGCUGCUGUAUGAGCAGCCCAACUACAGGGGAAAAAUGUACUACCUUGGACCAGGUGAAUACAGGAAGUACAGCGACUGGGGAGGAACGGCCCCAAGAAUCGGGUCCCUCAGGAGAAUUACCUCUUUCAACUAG